GAGAAACCUCCUCAACACACGCUCGGGAACAGGCACAGCUUGCCCGCAGCCAGUCAGGAUUCCACCUUGGUCAUCAGCAAGGCCCGGCAAGACAAACUUUCUCCAUGCUAGGAUCCCUUGGCUAUACUCUGUAUUCACCUCCACACCGUCCUUUCCCACCACAGUCUGACGUUUUGGAGCUCAGGCAGAACCAGCUUCUCACCUUGAAGAAGGAAAGGAAGAUCCAAUGGGGGCCAAACAGUCAAGGGCCAGCUCCAACGACAAGGACCCCAAGAGACUGCUGCUGGGGAAGAGACAGAAGUUCUCUUCGUGGGAUGACACCCUGCUCUUGGGGAAGGACCCACGGUCCCUCCUGAAGCGUGGCAUGCGGCAUGUCAGCUUCAGCUUGGUCACCAAAGGAAUGACGGACGUUCCAGAAUUUCUGUGGGGCUUGCUGGAAGUCCAGAAACUCAAUCUGUCCCACAAUCAGCUCCGAGUCCUCCCUCCUGAGGUGGGCAGGCUGACCCGGAUUGUGGUCCUGAACUUGUGUGGGAAUCACCUCAAGAGUCUCCCCAGAGAAGUCAGUCUUCUCCAGAACCUCAAGGUCCUAUUCCUAAACAUGAACUGCCUGGCAGAGGUGCCUGCCGAGCUCAGCCUGUGCAAGAACCUGGAAGUACUGAGCAUGUCACACAACUGCCUGUCCCAGCUCCCGGCCAGCUUUGCAGACCUCUCCAGACUGCGGAAGCUCAAUCUCAGCAACAACUAUUUUGCUCACAUCCCUAUCUGUGUCUUCUCUUUGAAGGAGCUGGAUUUCUUGCAUGUGGGCUCCAACCGCCUGGAGAACAUCGCUGAGAGCAUCCAGUGCCUGGCUAGCUUGCAGAUCUUCAUUGCAGAGAGCAACAACAUCCACUCCUUCCCCAGGUCACUCUGCCUAGUCACCAGCCUAGAGCUCUUGAACCUGAACAACAAUGACAUCCAGACCCUUCCAGACGAGCUCUACCUGCUUUCCCGACUGGGAAGGAUUGCGUGGAAUCCCAUGGACAAAGGGUUGCACAUUUCCCACAAUCCCUUAUCCAAGCCCCUGCCAGAGCUGGUGGAAGGGGGGCUGGAGAUGCUCUACAGCUACUUGAAGGACAAGAAGCACAAUUGAUAUGGGCGGUGGAUGCACGGACAUCAGACACAUGGACACCAGUCAGCUCACGUGGACUCCGUCAGCUGGGGUACUUCUCUUGUCUAAGCAUUUUAGUGUUAGUAUCUGUCAGUGCUGGGUUCCUAUUUGCUAAAUUGCUGUGGAACAGCCGAUCAGGUGAGAUAUUUGCUUUUAACUUUGUCUGUCCUUAGUAAUGAAUAUGCUCACUUCACUCAAAGCAAGGUUGGGGGGCAGGCUUUUGGGUUUUACCAAAAGGAAUAAAUGACUCUAACAGUGAGAUUUAGCUCUUGGUAAAGUAAAGGAUGGGGCAAACUCAAGAUAAUUCCAAGUUCAAAUGCACGCUACUGUGUACUCUGAGCUAAGUGUUGUAUAAAGGAUGGAACCCAUGUAGCUUUGGGUGGUUUCCACUCCAACCAGUAACCUGCAGCAAGGUGGCAACAGCAAGACAAGUUCCUAUGCCAGCCUCAAGCAAGCUUCCCUCAAGACGACCAAAGGGCACGGUGGAGGUGGUUCUGUGCUGUCUGGGACCAAAACAGGCAAAGCUGUCCCUUUGGGAUCUGGGGAAUUGACCAUAGGAGCUUUCCCUUUAAGAUGCCUACGGGAUGUGUAUCGGGCUUGUUGUGUGUGCUGGUGGCAACAGGGAUGGUGUGCCAGCUAAUAAACAUGG